AACGGUCGCGCGCUUAUAGCCACAAGCGCGAUGCCAGCCGCCGCCGCCGAGCCGUCGCGAGUCUUGUUUGUCGACCACCUGGGACCGCAGGUCCGCAGUGCCCACGUCGAGCAGCUCAUCUCCCAGUUUGGUGUCGUCGAGCGCGUGAUUCUGCUCAAGAAGAAGUCAGGCCCGCAUGCCAAGGCGACGCAGAACGCACUCGUGCAAAUGGAGUCGCUGCAGGAUGCGACGGCUGCCUACGACGCCAUCGCGGCCCAUCCGCUGCGGCUCUAUGGCCUCACGAUCGCGGUCUCGUACUCCAAGAGCCAAGAAUUGAACGUCGCGCGCACGCGGAGUCGCAGCCGGUCGUCGUCGUCGGCCGCCAAGCCGGCAGCAGGAAGCGACGCGCCCAGUCCUGCGGCGGAAAUAGCCCGCGACCCGAACGAGGUUGUGAACCGCAUUCUGCUCGUGACGGUGCAGCACCCGCUGUACCCGAUCACGACCGACUUGAUCGGCAAGAUCUUCAGCAUCUACGGCAUUGUGGAGAAGAUUGUCCUCUUUAGCAAACCCGUGGGUCUUCAGUGCCUCGUGCAAUUCGCAUUGGCCAAGGACGCCGAAAGCGCCAAGGACACGCUGGACGGCGAAGCCAUUUACCCCGAAAGCUGCUACAUGAUCAUUAGCUACUCCAACCUCACGGACCUGGUCGUCAAAGAAAAUAGUCUCAAGACGCGCGACUAUACCAAUCUGACGCUGCCGGUGCCCGUGAUGGACACGGCGAUCAACGCGCCGCACGCCGCCGUGCUGCACUCGUUCCUUCCGUUUACCGCUGCAACAACAGCCGCCACAACACCGACGAGUCACGCCAACAAAGCAUCGCGGACCCGAAGCACGAGCCACAGUGACCGGUCCAGCGUCAGCGCCGACGUAGCAAAUCCCGCAGACGCCAUCGGGUCGCCCGUCGUGCUCGUGUGCAACCUUAAGCGAUCACUGACGUGCGAUCACAUCUUCAACCUCUUUUCGUGCUACGGCAACAUUACGCGGCUCAAGAAGCUCCACGCCAAGCCGGACCAUGCGCUCAUUCAGUACGCGACCGAGACCGCAGCGGCGCUUGCAAUCACGCAUCUUCGCGGCGUCGUGCUUGCCGGUCGCGCCAUGGAUGUUCGCGCGUCCAAGCACCUGUCCAUUUCACCGUCGCAGCCCGACCAAGACGAGAACACGCAUGCCAAGGAGUUUAGCAGUACCUACAACCGCUUCACGGGCAAGUACGCCAACUUUACAAAGCACAUUUACAGCCCGACGCGCGUCCUCCACGUCUCCAACUUUGGCGCGUCUUUGGACAUGGAGAGCCUGCAAGCGCACUUGCGUACGCUCGGGUCCCUCGAGACGGCCAAGUGCAAGACCUUUACGAACGCCAAGGGCCAUCCGCAAGUGCUUCUCGAGUUUCCGUCGACCGACCUCGCGAUCAACCUGCUUUCAUGCGCCCACAACUCGAGCUUUGACGGUCGCAUGCUCAAGAUUGCGUUCUCGCGCAGCACUCUCAAUUAGCUCACACACGCUUAAGCUCCUCAAACCACCCAUCCUACCUUGCC